AUGUCAUCCAACAAGACCUCGGCCAGUGUCUCCAUCGAUAAGUUCGAUGGGGACAACUACUCAACCUGGUGUCGCUACAUGCGCGGCGUGUUUCUGACGAAGUCAGUCUGGUACGUCGUGAACCGCGAAACGUCUCCAACCUUCACCGACACGCGAGCUUCCGACGAGUACGUCAAGGCGAGCAACAUCGCAAGGCGGGACCGCAUCUACCUCAAGCGCCAGCUGUUCAGCAUCAAGAUGGCGGAAGGUGCCAACGUCUUGCACCAUUGCAACGAAGUCUUGAACAUCGGCGCCAAGCUCAGCAGCAUCGGUGCCAAGAUGGAAGACGAAGACAUUGCGAUCUGCUUGCUGCUCAGUCUCCCGAAGUGUUUCGAGAACGUGGUUCUGAACUUGGAGAUGAGCAAUGCAGAGCUGCGCACGCAAGAUGUGGUCAAGGUGCUGACUAACGAGCACAUCAAGCGACAAGGCGAGAAGAUGACAACGGCAACGACAACGGUGAAGACUGAAGAUGCGACAAAGGCAUUCAGUACCGAGCGCAAGCCCUACCAAUGCACAUACUGCGGCAAGCCCAACGCGGCGGCAAUGGUCGUGGACGCGGGGCAAACAAUGUCCAGUGGCGACAUUAUGAUGAAGGCAACAGCUACGAUCGAGUGCGGAGUUUCGACGAACAAGAAUGGACCAGGAAUGUGGGCCGUUGACAGCGGGGCAACACAUCACAUCUGCCACGACAAGUUCAAGUUUGCAAGCUUGGUCGAAGGCAAUGAUGGCGAGAUCCUGGUGGCUGAUGGCAACAAGGCGGCCAUCAAAGGUGUGGGGACCAUCGUGGAAAAGGUGAUUCUGCCAAACGGGGAAGAGCGCGAGAUCGAGAUCAAGAACGCGCUCUAUGUGCCCAGCAUGAGCAAAAAUCUGCUCUCGGUGCCGCAGAUUAACAAGCACGGCAACUUCCAAGUGGUGUUUGACGGGGAUACGAUGUACGUCGCUCGCAAGGAUUCCAAUCAAGUGGUGGCAGCUGCGGAUCUUGUAGACGGACUCUACUGGCUUCGCACGACGCAGCGAUCGGCCAAUGCGACAUCACUCAGCAACGCUGUUGAUCUACAUGCGCGAAUGGGCCAUGCUCCAGUCGACGUGCUUCGCAGGAUGGUGACAAGCCACAUGAUCAAGGACGCUCACAUCCCUUCCAAGCCGAAUGGAUCAAGUGUGUGUCGAGGAUGCCAAGAAGGGAAGAUGGUCCAAAAACCAUUCCCGAGCAACCGUGACAAGCGCACCUACAACACCUUCGAGAUGCUCCACUUCGACAUCUGCGGACCCAUGGAAGAAAAAUCUCUGGGUGGCAGCAAGUAUCUGCUGCUGAUCGUGGAUGAAGCCAGCGGAUGCAUGAAGGGUUUUUGUCUGCAUUCCAAGUCAGAGAGCGAAGAGUGCAUCAAGAAGUACAUCACGAUGAUAUAG